AUGUCUGAAGCCGAAGAAAUCGAUGACUUAGAGCUCUCGGACGGAGGAGAAUCCGUGACUCCAGAUUCCGAAAGCUCAGAGUCGGGCCUAAAGAGGUUUAUUUACGAACCUCCUCCUGACGGCAUAGGAUACGGAGAGCCCCGUCUAGACCGCGUACCAGCCAAAGUCGUGGAAGGAAUCUGUGCCUGGUCUGGACUAAGAGAGAUCAUUGUGCUCCGUCAAACAUGUAAAGCACUUGACAAAGCAAUAGCGAAUCGACCUGCGAUAUGGACCUCACUCGUCGAAGCACACCGUCGGUUGCCACACAGGACAAUACUUCUGGGUAGUUCUCCGGUCGUGAUGCCGGGAGUAUAUCAUCUUACCGGAUUUCAAGAAGACAUACUUCGCUGCGGGCUGAUCCUCAAGAACAAGUGGCACAAACCAACAUUCCAGGCUCGGCAGGCCACUAAGGACAUACUUAGACACGAUCCAUGUGGGAUUGACCAGAUACUCUUCGUUCCGGACACUAUGGGUCGCUUCUUUCUCACCAUAUCCCGUACGUCCGUAAUCCUCUGGACACUGGAACCCGAUGGGCUCCUCGUCGUUGCCGGUUCAUCACUAGUUUCAUAUCUCGCUCUGCAAAUCACACAGCCACACACCCACCGGCUCCGGACCGAGAUCUACCAGCUUCAUCUCUCGCGUCCCGGUUGCAUCUACGAUCAAGGGUUUGGUUUAUCUGCGAUACACGAAACCGAGGGCGCAUUGGUCGCGUUCGUAGAUUACGUGCUCGCCUAUGCUAUUAACGACGCCGGGCAAACCAUACUCCUAUGUUGUUGGGUGUCCAAGCUCGCAACCAAACUAGCUACCCCUGUUAGUGAAUAUGAGCUACGAUGGCAGCACUCAUCUUGCCAGACUGUGGACAUUGGGAGCGACGUCAUAGUUGUGGUAAGGGAUUCAUCUGCCGAGAUAUAUCCCCGAAAUGAGUUCGCAGUUGUCGACUACGACCUCAGGCCUACAACCAAUGGCCAUAUUAUUCGAGGAACUCUCGAGAUGUUACCUGUCACUUACGCGACAGAUACAGCCAUAUUUCCUUCCAGUUUUCUCAAUCCACCAUCGAUCUACAUACAUGAUCGUCUAUCCCUGUCCUAUGGUACUGAUGAUAUGACGCGGACGGUGAGGGUGAUUUCGUUGGUCGGGGUUGCCCGUUCAACCUCCCCACUAACAGAUCCGAGUAUUCCCUAUUUCGUCAUCCCCGCUCAAGUAUACCCGUGGGCUCAUAGCUCCUCUCGCUCGACGUCGCCUAGCCAUACAGCCAUUCCCACUUCUGGUCAUACGACACCUUCGCCCACCCAUACACAUAAUCAACUUCCCCGCACUCAUACACCCUCUCCCACACAUGGUCACCCACUCCCAUCUCCCAACCUUCCUCCAGCCGAGAAAUAUAGAUUUGUCUUUCACUUACAUGCGUUACAACAUCAGCAUCCCCAUUUCUCGUAUGGUCCAGCCCUUGUGGGACCGAAUGGGCGAUCCGUUAUGCUCGCCACUGCAGUCGGUGCGAAUCACGGCCCCAAUCAACCGAAACAAUACGUACUCAAAUACCGGCAUCCAACACACAGAGAAUUGAGGCAAUUUAUCAAAGAACGAAUACACACGAGCGCAUCGCCUGGGGCUGAUAGACUUCAACAAACUGUUGGACACUCAGGUGGCCAACCCCAGAUAGAAGUGAAUUCACAACCACCCCCGUCUCAGCAUGGGCACGUACAACUACCCCCACCCCCCUCCAACCCUUUACUCAAUCAACAUACUGCCUCGCGUCAAGGACUACAACAUGGAGUACUUACACUUCUCACUCGUCCUCUUCCCCUACUGGAUAUAUUACGUGGGAUGAGCUCUAUGGCAGACUCAAGAGAUGAUAGGCUAUGA